AUGAUCUAUGAAAAGCCAGCGGUGAUCAUCGACAACGGUUCCGGGCACGUCAAGGCUGGCGUUGCAGGUGAAGAGGCACCACGAUGCAUCUUCCCUGCGGUUGUGGGGAAACCCAAACAUGGAGCAAUGAUGCCAGGAACCGACAAGAAAGACUACUAUUUGGGAGAGGAAGCGGUAUCAAGGCGUGGUGUGCUGACAUUGUCAUACCCGAUUGAGCACGGCGUGGUGAAGGACUGGUCAGAGAUGGAGAAGGUGUGGCACCAUACCUUCUUUGAUGCUUUGCGGGUCAACCCAGAGGACCAAGCGUGCAUUGUCACAGAGGCGCCAAUGAACCCGAAGAAGAAUCGAGAAAGAAUGGUGGAGAUGCUCUUUGAAAAGUUCAGCUGCCCGGCAGCUUUCAUUGUGAUUCAGGCAGUAAUGUCUUUGUACUCAUGCGGACGUACAACUGGGACAGUGGUGGAUUCUGGCGAUGGAGUUACGCACACAGUGCCAGUUUACGAAGGCUUUGCUCUUCCCCAUGCUAUUCAGAGGUUGGACUUGGCAGGCAGAGACUUGUCAGAAUACAUGGCAAAGGUGCUGCUUGAAACUGGUUGCAAUAUGACAUCCUCAUCGGAGAGGGAUAUUGUAAGGGAGAUGAAGGAGGGGAUGUGCUAUGUUUGCACUGGCGACUUGAAGAAAGAGUUGCAGUCUGCGCAGGAGAGGCCAACGGACUACGAGAAGAUCUUCGAGCUGCCUGAUGGGCAAAAGGUCAGCUUGACGGCUGAGAGGUUUAGGGUGCCGGAGGUCAUGUUUGAUCCAAUGAUAGCUGGCAGAGAGCUUCCUGGGCUUCACCAGUCAGUUUAUCAGUCUAUCCAGGCGUGCGAUAUAGAUCUGAGAAGAGAGCUUUUUGGGAAUAUUGUUCUCAGCGGAGGGAAUACAAUGUUUCCGGGUAUUGCUGAUCGACUGGAACUGGAGUUGAAGGCUCUUGCGCCUCAGAAGAUUCAUGUCAAAGUGGUGGCGAACCCUCACAGAAGGUACAUUGUUUGGAUGGGCGCUUCUAUUCUUUCAAAGUUGUCGACCUUCAGCGCAAUGCUGAUCGGGAAAGCUGAGUACGACGAGCUCGGACCGGCAAUUGUUCAUAGCAAGUGCUUCUAG